UAUAGACUUCCAAAACCCACAACCUCCAAACACAUCGCCCUCACCCAUUCACUCGCAGAGCAUUAACUCGUUUACCGCGGAAGAGUGAUUUCUGGUUUCCUCACGCACAAACUUUAUCGUUCAAUCCUAUGGAAAGCUGGCUGAAACGGUCUGGCGCGUCGGGCUUGGAUGACUUUGAACUUGUUGAUUUUUCGGAUACUGGGCGCGGCAUCCGAACGCUGCGGCGAUUCGAGGAAGGAGAGGAGAUCCUCACCAUCCCACAUAGCGUUCUUUGGACAGUGAAGCACGCAUAUGCUGACCCAGUCCUUGGGCCAGCCCUUCUCUCGGCGCAGCCGCCCUUAUCUGUCGAUGACACGCUGGCCACAUACAUUCUCUUUGUUCGGUCGCGCAGGUCGGGAUACGAUGGUCUCCGAAGCCAUGUAGCAGUACUUCCUGACAGCUAUACCUCGAGCAUCUUUUUUACGGAGGCUGAGUUGGAUGUUUGCGCAGGAACAUCGCUCUACACUAUCACGAAGCACCUGGUUCACCAGAUCGAGAUCGACUAUAAGGAAUUGGUAGUGCGACUGUUUAGACAACACCACGAAUUAUUCCCACGCGACAAGUUCACGAUCGAUGACUACAAGUGGGCACUCUGCACCGUGUGGAGCCGUGCAAUGGACUUCAAGCUACAUAAUGGAGAUUCGUUUCGACUGUUGACGCCCUUCGCAGAUAUGUUAAAUCAUUCCAUCGAGGUUGGGCAGUGUCAUAGCUACGAUCCUAUGUCUGGAAAACUCUCUAUUUCAGCCGGAAAGAAAUACGAACCUGGAGAUCAGGUUUUCAUCAAUUACGGACCUGUUCCAAACAAUCGCCUUUCACGUCUCUAUGGGUUUGUCGUGCCCGGUAAUCCCAAUGACAGCUAUGAUCUUGUCCUCGCGACGCAUCCCAUGGCACCAUUCUUUGAGCAAAAGCACAAACUCUGGAAAUCGGCAGGGCUAGAUUCGACCUCUACUAUUUCUCUUACUCUUACGGAGCCACUACCAAGUAGCGUACUUCGGUACCUACGUAUUCAACGACUUGACGAAUCUGAUCUUGCCGAUGUGACAUUACGUCAUCAAAACGAAGCUGCAUUGGAAAAGAUCAACGAUUUGAACGAAGUGGAAGUCCUGAAGUUUUUAGUAGAAUCGAUAUCCAGUAUACUUGAUGGUUUUGGGACCAAUCUAGAAAAACUAGAGGAGCAACUUGCAGAGCGCUUCUAUACUCCGGCAGGGAACGCAUGGUCGGCAGCGCACGUUAGUUUGGGUGAACAGCGGGUGUUAAGAUUGACUAGGAAGACAGCCAAGGACUUGUUAGAGGCGGUGGAAAACAGGAAUGGGAAUAAUAAGGCCUUCUUGUCGACAACGGACCAAUGUGCGCUGUGUAACAAAUUUUCCACGCAGUUGAUGCGGUGCGGAAGGUGCAACGGGGCCAUGUAUUGCGGGCGGGCUUGCCAGGUGGCCCAUUAUAGAGAGCAUAAGGCAAUUUGUCGAGCUAUAACAGCUAAUAAUAGCUCUAGAAAGGGCUGAAAGCGAAAUAUCGAUCGGCUUAUAUAUAUUAAUAAGUCUCUUUCUUAUGAUUAAAUUUUAUAAACUUAACCUCUACUAUAGGUUUUAUAUAUAUAAUAACCUUAUUCCUACG